CCGUCGCGGAAGUGUGGCAUGGAAGUUGUCCAUGGCAUGGCGUCCCUUGGGCGAAAGCCUGACGUGGAUUUAGCUUCAGGUGGAAGGCCAUGCCUUCCAGCGAUCAGGAAUUGCAACUCCGCGCCGCGUUGAGUCAAGCGCUGAGAGACGUGGAGCGAUGUCAAGAGGCAGUGCGGAGCGCCAAACAGGCCUUGCAGGCAGCUGUUCAGCGAAAGGAACAGCUGGAGACUGAGCUGGAGGACCUUGAGGCGGGCUCAGUUUCCAGCGAGGAUUGGGAAACCAAGCAGCCCUGGAGUGAGAAACUUCGGAAGGCGUGCGAGGAGAUCUUUGGCGUCACUUCUUUCAGAACGAAUCAGGAGGAGGCCAUGAACGCCCUGCUGUCGAAGCGCGACGUGUUCUUGGUGGCGCCCACUGGAGCAGGGAAGUCCUUGUGCUUCCAAGCGCCUGCCUUGGUCACCGGCAACCUGACCUUGGUCGUAAGCCCCUUGUUGUCCCUGAUGCAGGAUCAGGUGAUGUCCUUGCGUGCCGUUGGAGUUGGUGCAGCCAUGCUGUCCAACAGCGACUCACGUGAGGAACAGACGCGGAUCCGCAAAGCCAUGAGUAAGCUGGCCACUGCAAGCAAUGGCACCGAAGCAGAGGAGUUGCGGGUGCUCUAUCUGACGCCCGAGAGGCUUGCGAAGAGCAAGCUCGUAAUGAACCUCUUGGAGAAGAUCUACUCUGCAGGGCGAAUGGCUUUGAUCGCCAUCGAUGAGGCUCACUGCAUCUCCCAAUGGGGACAUGACUUUCGACCAGACUAUGAGAAGCUGGCAGCACUGCGGAUUCAGUUUCCAAAGACGCCCAUCCUUGCCCUCACCGCAACAGCAACUCGCAGCGUGGCAGCGGAUGUGCAGAAAUGUCUCAACCUCACCUCCGUGGUGGAGCUGCGGGCGGCAACCAAUCGCUCCAACCUGUUCUAUGCUGUGCGACAUCGUCCCAAGGACGCUUCAGAGGUGCUUGCGAUGGUGUUGAAGACCAUCAAACUCUUCCCUGUGGGAACACCUGGCCUGGUCUACUGCAUCACCAGGAAGGAAGCCGAGUGCCUCCGCGAAGGCUUGUCGCAGCACGUGCCCUGUGCCUUCUACCACGGCGAUUUGACGGCUGAAGCGCGACAAAAGGUGCAUUCCAGUUGGGUCGAAGGAAACAUCCACGUGGUGGUGGCCACCGUGGCAUUUGGCAUGGGGAUCAACAAGGCAGACGUGCGCUUCGUGAUCCAUGCUGGCUUGCCGGCGUCCCUGCACCACUACUACCAGGAGUCAGGGCGCGCUGGCCGCGACGGCAAAGCGGCCUUGUGUUUGGUGCUGUACCGACCCGGUGAUGUUACCAGGCAUAGUGCCAUGAACUACUACAAACCCCAAUUCUUGCGAGAGAUCUAUGGUGUGGCCAUGUAUUGUCAACGUCGCGAGUGUCGCCGGCAGCAAAUCUCGCGGCACUUCGGCGAAGCGAUUCCCGAGUGUCGUGGUGGCUGCGAUGUUUGCGCUGAGGCUGCCCAAGCCACAACCGAGCCCAAGCCACCCAAGCGGCAGCGGCAAGAAAAGCGGGAAGUGCCGGCAGAAGCGUGGCGCGCUGCAUGUGAAGUGGCCGUGGCACAGCGAGGCAAGGAGGAACAGCUCACCCUGGUGAAGCUUGGAGAUCGCGUGCAAAAAACUUGCAAGUGGCGCGGGGAACCAGCCGGCGAAGAUGCCCUUUAUGUGGUCAUGUCCCUACUGGGAACUGGAUAUUUCCGCGAAGAAUUUCGUCACUCGCCCUACACGACCAACGCCUACUUGGUAGCUACACUUAGUGCAGAUGGCCUGUUAGAUGGGCAGAAGAUCGCGGCGGAAACGCUGGACCUUGGAAGUUACAACGCCUUGCUACAUAGUCCGGUUGAUCCCGGCAGAGCCGUGUCAGUGGCCGAGAAAUUUGCCGCACUGCGGCGGCCCACGGCAACGGACCCAGUGGAAGUGGAGCGACUGCGGUGCUUGCGACAGCUGCGGAGUGCGUUGGGAAGGCGCGCAGAAGUGCCCGGACAAUUCAUCUUGACGGAUGGGGACCUGGCGCAGCUGACGCGAAAACCCCCAGAGCUCAAGGAAGACUUGCCGCUGUCAGCGGCCAAGCGAAAACUCUAUGGCGAUGCCAUCAUCAGUUGCCUUGCCGAGCUGAAAAAUGACACGACUUUGGUCGCUGCAGUGUCCGACCUCAUCCGCUGGGUGACGCUCUUUGGCGUUGCCUGGCUACGCAUGGUAACCGGGUGGAUAUGGCCGACCAAAACGUCCCAGCUGGCUUCCACUCACGUUGAGUGGUUGUCCAUCAAGACUGGUGCGCUUAUGCAGGAUUCCAAGGCGUCACACCGAGAGUCUCACCGCGUCAUUCUCACCUCCUUCGAUCCAGGCGUGACGGCGGGAAUGACUCCUGGGUGUCACUGCUUGGAAUUUGAUUCGUGGUGGAAUGAGGGCAAACAGCGGCGCUUCGUCUACAUCAGGUACAGCAUCACCGAAGGAGCCUUCCAAAUGGCCAUCGGUGAGGACAGCAACCUCUACCAUGUGCCAGUGGCGUAUGGUGCCCGAACUGGCGAGGCCGUGACGGUUUGGGAUCUCCAUGUGGGAGCAGAGGUGGACAUCCUCGGCAGAAUGACCACGUUGCAGAGGUGCUCGCAAACCACUGCAGAGUGGAACAAAUACUGGGCGAAUCGCCUGACGCUGCUUCGAGAUCGCCUCGCUGAGGAGCUCAAGAAGUUCGGAUUCUCAGGGCCGAUGCUCCGCUAA